AUGGUGGCUGUAGUGAGUGGGACGAUCAAAGACGUAGAAGAAAAACAGCAAUUAAAGCGUUCAGUUGAGGAAAAUAUGCUCUCUACCUCAACAUCAGAUAAGGGAGACAAAACAGAUAUGGAUCCACGAACUGCUUUAAAGUCACAGGUACUAGCAGAUUUUAGUUCAAUUUUACUUCCUAGAGAUGAAAAUGAGGUACGAGCAUCUACCAGAUCUAAUCUGGGGACUUCGACUCUAUACACCGAUGGAUCCUCAAAUAUAAAGGGAGCGAGUUUGGGUGUCGUUUUAAUAUCACCUUCAGGGAAAAUUAUUAGACAAACGAUAAAAUAUUACCCCAUUACUAAUAAUGAAGCCAAGUAUGAGGCAAUGGUUGUAGGUUUGGAGCUUGCAAAAGAGAUGGGAAUUGAACAAAUUGAAAUCAAAAGUGAUUCCCAACUUGUGGUUAAUCAAAUGCAAGGGAACUACGUGGCUAGAGAGGCAAUGCAGCAAUACUUAGAGAAGGUAUAA